UAGCUGUGACUACGGAUCCAGAUGCACACAGCAGAUGUGAGAGCCAGGCUGCUGUCCUUGGAGAUGAAGGUUUGGAGCUGGGACCCCCGGUUACCAGCGUGAAUGGGGGUUUGAACCAGGCUGCCCACGCUAAGAACAUGACAACAGCCCAGGAUGGCCAUGGGCAAGGUGCUACAGCCACUUGUUCAGCCUCCAACCCGAAGGCCCCCAAAAUGGUGACGUCCUCAGCAUGUCAGAAUGGAGGCUGCAAAAGCAGCUCCAGUGAAUCCGAAGCCGGGGAAGCCAGGCUCAGCCCUUCCAAGCUGGUACGUCUCUUCUCUGGUAGUCGGAAGAGGAUGAAUUCCAACUCUGAGAGACCUCGCUCGGUGGUGGUUGUGGGGAAUUCCUCCACAUGGAAUGCCCUGGCCUCCUUCCGUAAAAUGGGCUCUUUUAAAAGAUUGAAAUCGUCCGUCCUUCAAGGAAUUCAGAACCGGGAGGGGGCGGAAGUGUCCAAGGAGGAGUCAUCAGGAGACCAGGGAAGGGCUGCCCCCAAUGGCACCAUUGCCCUCCUGGGAAAGGGCCUGGGCAGGUGUGCAUCCUUGGGCCCUGUGGGAGAUGGGGCCGGGUCUGACUGCUCUGACCCUGAGGACACGGAGGAUGCCUUCCAGAGGAGCACGCAUCGUUCGCGCAGCAUCCGCAGGGCCUAUGGCCUGGGCCGCAUCAGCCUGCUGGACCUGGGGCGGCAGUCAGUGCCAGAGCCCGCGGUGUGUGAGAUCCAAGUGCGCGACCCUGAGCCCAGCAGGGCCGUGCCUCUGCCGCGCAGAAGCAAGAGCAUCGACAGCUUGAGCGUCCUGAAGAGCUCCUUCAAGCGCAAGUCUGCGUCCAACCUCACGGAACUGCAGGGAGACAGGCAGGUUCCCUCCAGGACCCUGAGCAGCUUCUUCACAGACUCCGAGAAGCCGGGUGGCUCAGAGAGAAGAACCAGGCGCUGGAGGAGCCCCAUUAGGGCCAAGGACUUCGACAGAGUCCUAAGACUGGUGAGCAACGUCAAGGAAGCGGCCUGGAAGAGGGAGGCCCCCAGGAGUGCAGCCCCUAGCCCUGGUUCCGGUCUGGGGGAUGCGAACCCACUACUUGCGCCAAGAAGCAAGCUACACGAUGACUACUCGCGCCGUACCAGCAGCAGCGUGGAGCCAGAUGCCAGGAGUGGCGGCACUUUGUCCUCACCCUGUGCCCCUGCACCAUGCACUGCUGCUCCUUACACAGCUCCAGAACCCCACCUUGAUGUGGAUACUGCAGUAUUCCCCCUGGAAAGUAAAAGUGCUCAGCCCCUGGGAACUGACGGACCUCACGCCAGCAGCUCCUCACCAAUCCCCACAGACACAGAAGGGUUGAGCCAGGCCUCCGGUGAGGCACAUACUGGCAGCCAGCAUCCCUUUGACCCCGUGCAGCUUCCCACUCCUCUGAGGCCCACCACACCCAAGCCCCAAAGCCCGCAGAGCCCAGGGAGUACCAAGUGCCCCAGCAGUCUAAGUGUACUGUCCCUCAGUUCGGCGGACAGUGAAGAACGGUCGGAGGAUGCCGUGCACAGGCAGGCAGGACCCAUGUCCCUCCAGGAUGCUGUUCCCGCCGCUGCUGGUGAUGUUGGGGGAGACAACAGUGAGAGCUCUUUUCCCUCGAAUCCUGACGGAGCCACCAAUCCAGAAGAGAGGAAGGAGGAGGUGGUGACUGAGGAUGACUGGCGGCAGGGCUCAGCCCUGGAGGAGGAGCAGAAUGAGGCACCUCGAAUCUCCAGGAGGAAGUGGGGCUCCGGGAGGCGCACCGGGCCACGACCGCUGUCUGACUAUGGCCAGCUGGCCAGCAGAAGCUUGUCCAUUCCCGAAGAUGCUGUUGCUGCAGACCCUCCAGAUGAAGACCGCGUGGACAGGAUGCACCCAGCAAGUGUGACCACCACCAGCCAGGAUCCAUGCACCUCCUCAGGCUGUUCCAGGGGAGGCCGGAGAAGGCGACCUAUAUCUGUGAUCGGAGGGGUCAGCUUCUAUGGCAACACCCAGGCAGAGGAUGUGGAGAACCUCUUGGUCCAACCAGCAGCCAGGCCUCCUGUGCCUGCACACCAAGUCCCACCCUACAAGGCUGUGUCUGCUCGCCUCCGGCCCUUCACCUUCUCCCAGAGCACUCCCAUCGGGCUGGACUGUGUGGGGCGUCGACGGCAGAUGAAAACAUCCAAUGUCUCUUCAGAUGGAGGUGCGGAGUCUUCGGCCUUAGUGGAUGAUAAUGGUAGUGAGGAAGACUUCAGCUAUGAGGAGCUCUGCCAGGCCAACCCUCGAUACCUCCAGCCGGGCGGGGAACAGCUGGCCAUCAAUGAGCUCAUCAGCGAUGGCAGCGUGGUCUGUGCAGAAGCACUGUGGGACCAUGUGACCAUGGAUGACCAGGAACUAGGCUUCAAGGCCGGAGAUGUCAUCCAGGUCCUGGAAGCCUCCAACAAGGACUGGUGGUGGGGCCGGAAUGAAGACAAAGAGGCCUGGUUCCCUGCCAGCUUUGUUAGGCUUCGAGUCAACCAGGAGGAGCUGCCCGAGCCCUGCAGCAGCUCCCAGGGGGAGGAACAGGACGAGGACGCCAGCAAAGCCCGCCACAAGCACCCCGAGAGCCAGCAGCAGAUGCGGACCAACGUCAUCCAGGAGAUCAUGAACACCGAGCGAGUGUACAUCAAGCACCUCAAGGACAUCUGCGAGGGCUACAUCCGACAGUGUCGUAAGCACACGGGAAUGUUCACCGUUGGGCAGCUAGCCACUAUUUUCGGAAACAUUGAAGACAUUUACAAAUUCCAAAGGAAGUUUCUGAAAGACCUCGAGAAACAGUACAACAAAGAGGAACCUCACUUAAGUGAGAUAGGAUCCUGCUUUCUUCAGCACCAAGAGGGCUUUGCCAUCUACUCUGAGUACUGCAACAACCACCCAGGAGCCUGUGUGGAGUUGUCCAACCUCAUGAAGCAAAGCAAGUACCGGCACUUCUUUGAGGCCUGCCGCCUGCUCCAGCAGAUGAUCGAUAUCGCCCUGGAUGGCUUCCUCCUCACACCGGUGCAGAAGAUCUGCAAAUACCCGCUGCAGCUGGCUGAGCUGCUCAAGUACACCACCCAGGAGCACAGCGAUUACAACAAUAUAAAGGCGGCCUAUGAAGCCAUGAAGAAUGUGGCCUGCUUGAUCAACGAACGCAAGCGCAAGCUAGAGAGCAUCGACAAGAUCGCCCGCUGGCAGGUGUCCAUCGUGGGCUGGGAGGGCCUGGACAUUCUGGACCGAAGCUCCGAGCUGAUUCACUCCGGAGAGCUGACCAAGAUCACCAGGCAGGGCAAGACCCAGCAGCGAGUCUUCUUCCUGUUCGACCACCAGCUGGUGUCCUGCAAGAAGGACCUGCUGCGCAGGGACAUGCUAUACUACAAGGGCCGCAUGGACAUGGAUGAGGUGGACAUUGUGGAUGUGGAGGAUGGGCGGGACAAGGACUGGAACCUCAGCAUGCGAAACGCCUUCAAGUUGGUCAGCAAAGCCACGGAUGAGGUCCAUCUGUUCUGCGCCAGAAAGCAAGAGGACAAGGCCAGGUGGCUGCAGGCCUAUGCGGACGAGAGGCGGCGGGUGCAGGAAGAUCAGCAGAUGGGAAUGGAAAUCUCAGAAAAUCAGAAGAAACUUGCCAUGUUGAACGCCCAGAAGGCAGGACAUGGGAAAUCUAAAGGCUACAACAGCUGCCCUGUGGCCCCACCCCACCAGAGCCUGCCACCCCUCCACCAGCGCCACAUCACUGUGCCUACCAGCAUCCCGCAGCAGCAGGUCUUCGCCUUGGCUGAGCCCAAGAGGAAGCCAUCUUUAUUCUGGCACACCUUCCACAAACUCACCCCAUUCCGGAAGUGAGCCUACCCAGGGUGCGCCUCUGAGGUACUGUGAGGAGGAAGGCCAGUUUUGUCUCUUCAGCGUGAUGUCCAGGGAUGGCUUCUUGCUCAGUGCUGAACACUUCAUUUGGGGAUCGAUGAAGGGGAAAAGAAGUUGGACUCAGCCUUGACCUUGAGAGGCCCCGGCACCCCUGUGGAAGGAAGGAGGCCAUGAAGCACUGCUCUGUCCCACACUGGAAGCCAUACUCUCCGGUGGCCAUGAUAUAGGGACCAGGGCCUCUCUGCAUGGAGACUGCUGAGUCAGUUAUCCCCUGUGAGUUUCCCACUGACAGUCACACUCCUGCUGCAGUUCCAGACUGCAGUUCAGGAGCCUUUCAGUCCCUCAGGAGCAACUACACUAAGGACGGCUUCUGUGUUUGAUCUUAAGAAGCUCACUGACCAGUUGGUAGGAUGUUGGCAGCCAUGGGAUGACCCUGGGUUCAGAUCAGGCCCGGAAGAGACCAGGAAGGAGCUAGAGCCAACGGGGCAGGUGGCUACAGUUCUCUAAGGUGUAGCAGAUGCCAGGCUACAGUGUAGGUCUCACCCUGUGAGGUUCCUUAUUCACAAGAGAGGCAGGAGGGAAGGCUGCUGCCACCUGACUUGUCCCUCUCACCUCUUCAAACAGAAGUCAUGCCUUGCUCACCCCUCACUACCUAAGAACCUGCCACUCUCGGAAGUAAGGGUGACAUGAACCGUUUAACUUUGGUAACCUGUGCAGCAGCAGCAGCCAUUUGCAUCACCAGUGGGAUGAUGAGGACACCGGCAUCCACAGAGAAAACAAGGGGCGAAACUGUCCUGCUUCUUGGGGAAAUGGAAACGCCUGUCACAUGACCCCGAAACAGUAGUACUGGAGGCUAUGCCAGCUGGGGAAUAGUCUUGAUGGCUCCUUAGCUCUGAGAGAGCUCUCUCUUAAGGAGGACUACACAAACUGACACCCACAGAGAGGAACCUUUCUCUGUUGACACUGACUUGAUGGAAAUGCCUUUCCACUGAUCUGAAGGAGACUGGCUCUGCAUUUUAAUCUACAUAGUGGGCUGGCCAGGAGAGAUCCUGCCGUGCAGCUCAUGCGUUCCUUUUAGACAAACGUGUUCUUGUGUGCCGUUCUUGCAAGGUCCUCACCUCUCAUCAGCUCUCCAUUGAGACCGAACAAGUCUGCAGUGUUAGAGGUAAAGGUAUUGGUCAGUCAUUGCACAGUUCACCUUGUCUCCAUAUCUAUGCCUGGAAAACAAAUGACGUCACAGCAAAUAACCUUGAUCCUGGACUUCAGCCCUGCUGUGCACCCUGGCAUGGUCACAGGCAGCACUGCUGAGGACAGUAGUCGGUGGCCCCAUAGCUGUGUGCUACAAAGUG